GUCCACAUGUUUAAGGUGAAAUUACCCAAGACACUUAUUACCGUAUAAAUUUUAUCAAACCUAUAUACGCGCGGUAUUUCAUGCAUUAUUAGAUUUAUCACGACUUACGAUUACCAGCUACAGCUAAGUAGAGUAGCAAGAGUUUUGUUAAAAAAAAAAAAGUAGAGUAGCAAGAGGACAUGUUCCAUUAAUUUUCACAGUAGAUAUUUUACUAAUUUUUGUCCUGAAACUUGUACAGUUAGAAAAAUCUGAGAUUUUGCUAAUACAAUCUGCCAGACAACUGAACAAUGAAUAUCCCGCCAACAUGCUGAGCUUUUAGCUCCAAUUUUAUCCACAAAACCCCCUUAAACCCUUCUCCAAAAAACCUCUAAUUUCUCUCUAAUGGCGAUUACAAAUUCCGGAACUUUUGCAGUAUCAGCUUCACCAUUGCACAUUGAUUCACAAUCCAAGGUACGCAGAUGCAUCCCUUCUUAUUGCACUUUAGCUUCUUCAUCUUCUUCUACAUCAAUUGAAGAAACUACUGUUGAAGAAUCAACAAACCCUAAAAAAUUUAGCUAUAGUAGAGCAUCUCCUUCUGUGAGAUGGCCCCAUUUGAAAAUCGCUGAAAUUCAACAAUCUACGCAAACCCAUUUCAAUUUAACCCAUAAUUUACCGACCCAUUUGGCGAAACCGGCGAAUGAUUCGGAGGACAGUGAAGAAUUUGGGGAUGAAGAUGAUGGGGGUGGGAUGGAUGAUGUUGGGGGUGUUGUAAAUGAUGAGAAUUUAGAGGUUUUGGGUAGGACUAGUAAGACUAAGGUUAAGAAGAUGACUAAAUUGGCGCUUAAAAGGGCAAAAGAUUGGAGGAAGAGGGUUCAAUUUUUGACUGAUAAAAUAUUAGGGUUGGGGCAUGAUGAAUUUGUGGCUGAUGUGUUGGAUAAGAAAAUGGUGCAGAUGACUCCUACUGAUUAUUGUUUUGUGGUCAAGUGGGUGGGUCAGUCGAGUUGGCAGCGAGCUUUGGAGGUUUAUGAAUGGUUGAAUCUUAGGCAUUGGUACUCGCCUAAUGCCCGGAUGCUGGCCACAAUAUUGGCAGUGCUUGGAAAGGCGAAUCAGGAAGGGUUGGCUGUGGAGAUAUUUUCAAGGGCGGAGCCUUCUGCUGGUAAUACUGUUCAGGUUUACAACGCGAUGAUGGGGGUUUAUGCAAGGAAUGCUAGGUUUUCGAAGGUUCAAGAAAUGCUGAAUUUGAUGAGAGAGCGUGGUUGUGAGCCAGAUCUUGUGAGCUUUAAUACCUUGAUAAAUGCGCGUUUGAGAUCAGGUCCCCUAGGGCCAAAUUUGGGGAUGGACCUUUUAAAUGAAGUGAGAAAAUCGGGUAUAAGACCAGAUACUAUAACUUAUAACACACUUAUAAGUGCUUGUUCUCGUGAGUCUAAUCUGCAGGAGGCAAUAAAGGUAUAUGCUGAUAUGGAGGCUAAUAAUUGCCAACCUGAUCUGUGGACAUAUAAUGCCAUGAUUUCAGUUUUUGCUAGAUGCGGGCUGGCAAGUAGAGCUGAAAGGAUACUAGGAGAGUUGGAGGCGAAAGGGUUUCUCCCUGAUGCUGUGACAUAUAAUUCAAUUCUGUAUGCAUUUGCCAGAGAAGGAAAUACCGGGAAGGUAGGAGAGAUUUGCGAAACAAUGUUGAAAAGAGGUUUUGUAAAGGAUGAAAUGACUUACAACACUAUCCUUAACAUGUACGGUAAGCAUGGAGAACUUGAUACUGCGCUGGAUUUAUAUGGAAACAUGAAAUUGUCUGGGCUAGUUCCUGAUGCAGUUACGUACACAGUUUUGAUUGAUUGUCUUGGAAAAGCCAAUAGAAUGAUUGAGGCUGCAAAUUUAAUGUCAGAGAUGUUGGAUAGUGGAGUUAAACCCACUUUGAGAACUUUUAGUGCCUUGAUAUGUGGGUAUGGUAAAUCUGGGAAUCGAGUAGAGGCUGAAGAAACAUUUAAUUGCAUGCUGAGAUCUGGAAUUAAACCUGACAAAUUGGCAUACUCUGUUAUGAUGGACAUCCUUUCGAGGUCUGGUGAGGCAGGAAAAGCCAUGGUGUUGUACAGGGAUAUGGUUCGCAACAAUUUUUUGCCUGAUCACAAACUUUACCUUUCUUUGAUUCAGCUUCUUAAGAAGGAGAACAAAGAUGAGGGUCUUCAAAGAAUUAUCUUAGAUAUGCAGCAAUUGUGUGGUAUGACUCCAGUGGAUAUAUCUUCUAUUCUUGUUCAAGGUGAAUGCUAUGAUGAGGCUGGCAGAAUGUUGAGGUUGGCUGCUGCUCAGGGCUAUGAUUUGAACCAUAAAGACCUAUUAUCUGUCCUCAGCUCAUUUAGCUCAUCUGGUCGGCAUGUGGAAGCAGAAGAUUUGCUUAAAUUUAUGAGGGAUCAUGCUUCUUCAUCUCAAGAACUUGUUGAAGAGGCCUUGGUAAUUGUGUUUUGCAAGGCUAAUCAACUUGAUGCAGCUCUGGAACAGUACUAUAACAUAAAGGAGUCUGGCUUAUUUAGUGGGAGCUGCAUGAUGUAUGAGUCUCUGAUAAUGUGUUGCAAGGAAUCUGAACUGUUUUCUAAUGCAUCUCAGAUAUUCUCCGAUAUGAAGUUUUUGGGAAUUGAGCCAUCUUAUAAUAUAUAUGAGAGUAUGGUGUGCAUGUAUUGUCAUAUAUUCUUUCCGGAGACAGCACAAUGGGUGGUUGAUGAAGCAGAAGGAAAAGGCAUUGUUUUUAAGGAUGUUGGCAUUUUUGUUAGUCUUAUUGAGGCAUAUGGGAGUAUAAAGGAACUGCAGAAGGUGGAGAGUAUUGUUGCUCGUCUAAGGAAAAGAUCAAAAGUAGUGGACAGGAGGGUCUGGAAUGCAGUAAUACAAGCUUAUGCUGCAUCUGGUUGUUAUGAACAAGCUAGGGCAGCUUUUAAUACAAUGAUGAGAGACGGACCUUCUCCAACCAUCGAUACUAUUAAUUUGCUGAUGCAAGCUUUAAUUGUGGAUGGGAGACUAAAUGAGCUAUAUGUGUUGAUUCAAGAGCUUCAAGACAUAGGUUUUAAGAUUAGUAAAAGCACCAUCCUUUUGAUGCUUGAAGCAUUUGCAAAAGCUGGAAAUAUAUUUGAAGUAAAGAAAAUAUAUAAUGCGAUGAGGGCUGCUGGUUACCUCCCAAACAUGCAUCUCUACAGGAUAAUGAUUGGGUUGCUAUCCCGAGGAAAACGAGUGAGGGAUGUUGAGGUCAUGGUUGCUGAGAUGGAAGAAGCUGGAUUCAAGCCCGAUCUUUCAAUGUGGAAUUUAUUGCUGAAAAUGUACACUAGCAUUGAGGAUAAUGAAAAGACUACUGAAGUGUUCAAGAAGAUUCGAGAAGCUGGACUUGUUGCUGAUGAGGACACUUACAAUACUUUGAUUCUGAUGUAUUGUCGAGACCGAAGACCUGAAGAAGGUUUACGUCUGAUGCAUGACAUGAGAAGGAGGGGUAUGGAUCUGAAAUUGGACACUUGCAAAAGCUUGAUUGCUGCCUGCAGCAAGCAGCAGCUUUCAGAUAAAGCUGAGGAACUCUUUGAUGACUUACAAGCAAAAGGGUUCAAGUUGGAUCGGUCUUUUUAUCAUUUAAUGAUUAAAAUGUAUAGAGAUUCUGGAAGACAUGAUAAAGCUGAAAGGCUAUUUAACAAUAUGAAGGAAGUUGGAGUGGAGCCCACCAUUGCAACUAUGCAUUUACUGAUGAUGUCUUAUGGAAGUUCUGGACAACCUAAAGAAGCUGAGAAGGUCCUUGAUAAUCUCAAAUUAUCAGGUUAUAAUCUUAGUACAUUGCCAUACAGCUCAGUUAUUGAUGCCUUUCUGAAACAAGGAGAUUAUAAUGCCGGAAUUGAGAAGCUCUUAGAAAUGAAGGAUGAUGGUUUAAUGCCUGACCAUAGAAUAUGGACUUGCUUUAUCUAUGCUGCAAGCUUGUGUCAGAGUUCAAAAGAAGCUAUGGCUCUCUUAAUUGCUCUGCAAGAUACUGGUUUUGAUCUUCCAGUAAGGCUUCUCACUGAAAAUUGGGAAUCAUCAGUUACAAUCUUGGAUCAUUGGAUUGAAAGAUUAGAGCCACUUGAGGACAAUGCUGCAUUUAACUUCGUGAAUGCUUUGGAGAACCUGUUGUGGGCAUUUGAACUCCGGGCUACAGCCUCAUUGCUUUUUCAACUGGCAGUAAAGAGGAGAGUUUAUAAAGAUAAUGUGUUCAGAGUUGCUGAAAAAGACUGGGGGGCUGAUUUCAGGAAAUUGUCUGCUGGUGCUGCUCUUGUGGGCCUUACAUUAUGGCUUGACCUCAUGCAGGAUGCAUCACUGGAGGGUUCACCAGAAUCUCCAAAAUCGGUUGUUCUAAUAACAGGGACAGCAGAAUACAAUAUGGUCUCACUAAACAGCACAUUAAAGGCAUAUCUUUGGGAGAUGGGAUCACCUUUUCUGCCUUGUAGGACAAGAAGUGGACUUCUGAUUGCAAAGGCUCAUUCCCUUAGAAUGUGGUUAAAAGAUUCCCCAUUUUGUUUCGACCUUGAGCUGAAAAACGCUCCCUCAAUUCCACAGUCAAACUCAAUGCAACUUAUGGAAGGAUGCUUCAUGCGACGUGGCCUUGUUCCUGCUUUCACGGAUAUUGCUGAAAGACUUGGAGAAGUGCGACCAAAGAAAUUUGCAAGAUUGACAUUGUUGUCAGAUGAUAAAAGAGAAAAGGCCAUUCAAGCUGACAUUGAUGGAAGGAAAGAGAAGCUAGACAAGAUGAAGAGUAAGGGCGGUGUAACUUUGAAAAGGAAAGUGGGGCACCAGAAAAGAAAGUUUGUAAGGAAAUCAAUGGCAUCAAACACCAAAAAGAUGCUUCCUCGGUGAUUGUUGCUUCCAAAUAAGUGUGAUUAUAUCUGUCUGUCGAUGAGAUGUCUUUACCCAUUCUUCAAGGGUAAAUCUUAUGCUUUUUGCAAGCCAUAAUUGGGGAAACUUGGGCACUGCGGCAAAAGCGGGUUUCAUAGCUGUUUCUGCCUUUCAUACUUUCUGGUGAUUGAUGAUCUGAGUGCUAUCCAUAGAGCUCACUUCAAAGGCAUAGCACGGUGCUUUUUUCAGACAAUUUUGCACAGUAUUGUCUGCACAUAUAUGCAUGAUGUAUGAAGCCAAAGGACUGUUUCACACCAGAGCUGCUGCUAAUAUUUCAGGCACUUGUAACCAGCACCUGUAUUCUAGUAGUGGCGGCUUGAGUAUAAGAAAAUUUGAGCAUCCUUUCCUUGCAGACCAGAAAAAGAUUAACGUUUGGUGGAAAGAGUGGUGACUUGAGAAUGAGUUGAAAAAUCUCAGAUGUAGUUGAUCAAUAAGGAUCAACAGCAACAAGUUAAAGAAUUAUGGGAAGUGAUGACCAGCGAUGUUUCCAAGUGAUUGAAAACAGCAAAAAGCGUUAGUUUACACGAAGUAUAAAUGAUGAGAUUUGGGGAGAACCCCAUGUAUGACCAGCCUGCAUGAUUCAAUCUGGUAUAGGAAAAAAUCAAAUUUCAGAGGCAAGUGAAGCACGACAAAGAGAUCAAUGCUAAGAAAAGAUUGAGACAGCAUUACAGGAAGUUAAGUAGAUUAAAGUAGGUUUAAUUUUCUACUCGUAGUGUAUAAUUGGAUCAUGUCUGUUUGCUAAGUGCUGUAUUUGGUGCCAAAAAAUGGUGUAAAUAUUGUAUUAAUGGCUUAUUGAGCAAUGAUCACGAGCCUUCUUUUUAUUAACUCUA